UACAUAAAUGGUAGCUGAACCCUGACCUCGUACCCGGAUGUUGGUCUGACUUGUAACACACAUGUUGAUUAAAACAUAACAGUGUCGCGUCUAAAAUGGAUUUAAACGUCAAGAAAACGAGUUCACGGGCUUUGCUGUCAUGUGGCAACGGAGGAGGUCUCAGUGAGAAGCUUCUCCUCAAGCCAAAGGCUGGCAGCUCCCUACAGACAGAGAGGGUCCCAAGAAGCAGCGUGUUGGAGCGGCUGCAGAGCUUCCUUCCGCAGAUGGCUGAGGCCAAUGAGAAGCUGAAGCAGCAGAUGGAGGCAGCUCCUGCUGGAUGCUUUGAUAUAGAGAAUGUGGAGGAGGCACAGAAGGUCAUAGAGAUGGAUGUAGCACUGGUGGAGCUUAGCGGGUCAGACAGCGACUCCAAGGAUGUGGAGGAGACUUCAGACUCUGAGGAAUCUGAUUCUGAUGAGGAAAUCACAGAGGAGAACCUUAAAUUACCUGGAGUCAAAGACACGAAGAAGAAAGUCAACAUCCAGGUUGUCAAAGAACAGAGAGAGUAGAAAAAAUGGCUGCACAGACUUCUGGCUGCAUAUUGAGUUUCUUUGCCUUCUGAGGUGAUGUGAGAUAAACUGACAAAUGACAAAAAGGUCCACCUCAUGCAAAGAGAUUUUAACCUACUUCAGUUGAUGAACAGAGAGCUCCUGUGUGGAGAGAUGCAGAUAUUCUUCAUCCCUAUGGGAACAACAGUGAAUGUUAUUUUGUAUAUUGAAGUGCCUUUGUAGCCAGAACGGACACUGUGAUGACCUCAUCCAGCAAUCUAGCAAUCAGCUGACUGCGUGACAUGUCAUUGCACGUGAUGAGUUUAGGUGUAACAAUGUGGAUCAUUUAUUUUUGGUUUAAUUAGCUUGUACGCAUUCUUAUGUCCAUUUUAGGGUAUAAACUGUUUGUGUAUUCAUGAGGAUAAGAUGUGAUUUUCUAGAGGAGGAAAAGGAGGUAUAUGCCAGAGCCAGAAGCCACAGCUUCAUUAAAGGUGUAAUUCAGGCUAACAUGUUAGCAGAGAUCUGGUAAAAUGUAUAUAAUGUUCAACCAUGUUCAAAAUCAUUUCUAUCAAGGUCUGUUAUUAUUUUUAUGAAAAUCAAAUCAUAAUCAUAUAAAUAAUUACGGCAGCAGGUAAUGACUUCUCAUUAACACGCAUUCUCAUUUGAAAUCAGUCAACAUAUCUAUAUAUGUAACUGAUACCAUACCAUACAAUAGUAUUAUUAACUUUGAUACAGUGCCUGGAAAAAUGAAUCAGUAUUUGAUGAACUGUUUUGCUACCACACAUUGACACAACUUUGGGGGCGACAAGUUUCAGAUAUUUAACAAAAGAUGGAUAUAACAGGGCUUUAUGCACUGUGUGUUAAGAUCAAGAGAGUCAAUUAAGAAUCAAGUAAUUCACUGGAGGAGGUGGGGGACUUGGGGGUAUUGUAGUGGUGCAUUUGUCAACCUGCUGUCAGAGAAGAGAGUGAAAAUACACAGCUUGUACGAGUGUAUCAAUACAACAAAAAAUGAUAAUUAAAACUGUUAAAUACUCAGA